AUUUCAACUAUAUUGAUACUAGAUAUUGAAACUAUGGACUCUCUUCUGAUAAAGAAUCUCUAUCAAUAUACCAUUGUCACUUUCCUUUAUACCUGAAGUUGAUGUCCGUCCUAAAACUGUGUAGUCUUCUCUAUGCAUAUUCUAAUUCGUUUCUUACAGCUUGAUUAUGCAUGUGUGGGGUUGAAGAAACUUUGUUUUUUAAUUUGGCGAUGGUUAAGGUUCUUCAGUUGCAAAAAUUGGAGUUUUGGUCUUGAAAUGUGACUAUAAAACUGAAAAUAGAUGGGUGACUCGUUUUCAGCAACCAUUUGGGUUAGCUGGACUCCAAGGUUGAAGAUUCGUAUAAUCAUGGGGCACAGACAUUUUCCUGGUUCUUUCCAAUUUUUCGAUGAUGAACAAGAUCAAGGCUGGAACCAUAUACACCCAGAGCACCCAUAUACGAGUCUAGCAAGAACUGGGACCAGUGUGAGCAGAUCGCAUGUUAAUCCAGCUGGAAACAUGUUGAAUGAAGGAAUGCCAUUUUCUUCGCACUGGAACUCUUCUACAGGACCAAAUGCCUAUACUGCCUCAGGUCAUGGUGUGGAGAGGCCACACUACAAUCCAGGGACUAGCGGCCCCUCCCAUGUUCCUUUCAUGAGUACAGCAGCUGCAACUUUCUCUGCUCCACAUGAACAUUAUGUGACAUCUGCAUCUUCUUCGUACUGCAACAGUCAGACAUGGUCAUUAGAUAGCUAUGUUGAUCUACAUAUGGAAAAUGUGAGAGGAGCACAGAAGCGGAAAACCCCAUGCGAUUCUUCCGUCUAUGAAAUGGGUAGUUCAAGCCAUUACCACGGUGGCAGAACUUCCUCAGAUAUCCCUUUCUCCUCGGAGUUGGACAUGGGAAAAUCAACAACUCGUGAUCAUGGUCCUCAUUACAUGCCGUGGCUCAUGAACCCAAGUUACAGAAGUAAUAAUCUCUCGAUCAGGGGAGAGAGUUCUUCAAGGAAUGUCCGGAGUCGUCCUACACUUGAUUUAGAGACUAGUGUAGAUAGAAAUAUUUUUUCAAGAAGCUUGGACCUUGAUUCUCAUCCUACACAUCACAAUGUUGAGCACUCUAGCUCAGGUCAGUUUCCUGGUCAAACAUCUCACAGGAAUAAGGACUGGAACUGGAACUUUCCUAGACACUCCCCAGUACCUAGAGAUUUAAAUGGCUUUAGUCCAAAGACAAAUAAUUUUCUUCCCACGAGAAGUGUCGCCAACAGCACAUCUGUUGAUACCUCUUGGUAUCACCAAGGGCUAAUCGGAAACAGAAACUCUACAGUUUCCCACGGUUUUCCUGGAACUUCAACACAAUCUGCAACUAGCUCCCGCUUCUCUCAUAGGUCAACACCCACCUAUAGAUCUUCUUCAAACGGUUUGCGAUUGGAACAUUCAGCAUCUUCUUCUGGAGAUAGGUCUCCUUUUGUCACUGAGACAUAUCCUUCUAGGCAUCUGAGGCCACCACCACACAUCUCAUGGCGUAGCAGUGAUCGCCCAGGGAGACGCAGGAGUUCCUAUGAGAGGUUUCAGCCUCCUUUCGAUGAAGUUGCUCUCCAUGAACCAUUUUCAUCUCAGGGAUUUAUGGCUGUAGAUCACCAACAGCACUAUGGAUCCAGGAAUAUGCAUGAUCACCACAGAGACUUGAGGCUCGACAUCGAUGACAUGACCUACGAGGACCUUCUUGAUCUUGUUGAAAGGAUUGGGAGUGUGAACACUGGUCUAUCCAAUGGCGCAAUCGCCAGUUGCUUGUUAGAGACGAUAUUCUACCCGUUGUAUCAAACGGAUGAGGAAAGAAAAUGUGCAAUCUGCCUGGAGGAAUACAAGGAAGGAGAAGAGUUGGGGGAACUUAAAGGGUGUGGUCAUGACUACCAUGGAGGGUGCAUAAAGAAAUGGCUGUCUUUGAAGAACUCUUGCCCUAUCUGCAAAUCACCUGCUUUACCUGAUGCUUCUAAGAACCCAUAUGAUAGAUAAACUAUACAUAUAUAAUUCCUUUCUCUUUUGUUUAAAGGGAAAAUAUGUGAUAGACUAUAACAUUUUAAGUUGUAAAUAGAAGGAAGUUAAUAUCUGUUA